ACCAGAACCUUCGUUCCCGACCUUCUCUCUCGCUGAAUCUCAAAUGGCGACAAUCAUCCACCUCUCUGCAAUCCACACUUCAUCUCCCUUUAUCCGCUUAUUCUCUUCUCACUCUCCCCAAAAUACCCCCAACCCCUCAUUCAAUUUACCAACCAAAGCCCCUACCUUCCGCUCCAUUUCUCUCAAACCUUACGCCGCAUCCAAGCCCCGAGCUUCGGUCAUCACUUUGGCGGUUAAGACCCUCUCGGAGACCGAGCUAGUCACCGUGCCGGAGGAGGUAGAUAUCGCCGGGAAAUUGCCGGCGGAGACUGGGGUCUACGCCGUUUUUGACCAGAGCGGAGAGCUGCAGUUCGUCGGGUUAUCGAGGAACAUAGCGGCGAGUGUUCUCUCCCACCGGAAGUCGUUGCCGGAGCUUUGCUACUCCGUUAAGGUUGGGGUAGUAGAUGAACCAGAUAGGGCGGUUCUAACGGAAGCUUGGAAAUCAUGGAUGGAAGAACACAUAAAAGCAACUGGGAAGGUUCCCCCGGGAAAUGAAUCGGGCAACGCCACAUGGGUCCAAAAGCCACCACCGAGGAAGAAGAAGUCUGAUCUCCGGCUAACACCUGGUCCUAAUGUGCAGCUGACAGUGCCACUGGAGGAACUCAUUGACCGGUUGGUGAAUGAGAACAAAGUUGUGGCCUUCAUCAAGGGUUCGAGAAGUGCCCCAUUGUGUGGUUUCUCGCAGAAGGUUGUCGGAAUUCUUGAAAACCACGGGGUGGAUUAUGAGAGCGUUGAUGUGCUUGACGAAGAGUAUAAUAGAGGAUUGAGGGAGACUCUGAAGAAGUACAGUAACUGGCCGACUUUCCCCCAGAUAUUCGUGAAUGGAGAACUGCUUGGGGGAUGUGAUAUCCUAAGUUCCAUGCAGGAGAAGGGCGAGCUUGCCAGCUUGUUUAAAAAGUGAUUGUUCAAGUUUUGGUGUCGAUGUAGAUGGCAGAUUUGAUCAGGGGUAUGUGAUACUGAAACUGUACGAGGCAAUUGAGUUUGUAUUCAUAUAUAUAAAUGAUUAAGUUAGGCACUCGUGUGUCCUGUGUUCGAUUUCCUCUCUCCUAGUGUCGCUUGUAUCAAAAGUUUAGCUGUCAUGCUUAGAUUUAGGCAUUGUAACUCUUAAACUUUGAGCAAAUAAAGUUGGGUGAAGGAAAAUUUGUUUGGGUGGAAUGGGAAUGAGAAGCUGUAUUUCAUCUUCA